AUGGACCAGAGAGCUUCGAUUCCUGUUACUACCCCUCGGGACAAUCCCACUUUUUCGUACUGGCAAACUCCGCCAGACGAGAUAGCUAACCUCCGCUCCACGCCCCAGAUACCGGAGACGGCAGAUCUUGUUAUCAUUGGAUCCGGCAUCACCGGCGCUUCGACGGCUUUCAAUGUCCUUUCUAGAGCACCAGAAACAAAGAUUGUGAUGCUAGAAGCGAGACAAGCAUGUAGUGGCGCUACUGGCAGAAAUGGUGGCCAUACCAAACCCGCUUCGUAUACGAGCUUUCCGGCCAACGUUCAGAAACUUGGUCUGGAAGAAGCGAUUAAAAUUGUCAAGUUGGAGUACAAUACUCUUAGAGGGGUUCACUCGUUUGCUAGGCAGCAUAAUAUUCCCUGCGACAGCGAAGAAGUCGAUACAGUCGAUAUCGUUUACGACCAGACGGCAUGGGAAAACUCUCUGAGUUCAAUUGAAUUCAUGAAAAAGCACCUGCCUGGGGAACCCUACAGCGAUUAUACCAUCUGGAGUGGCAAAGAUGCCGAAGAGAAGUUUCUCUGCCCCGGCGCCCUUGGUGCAAUUACCUACGCGGCUGGAAGCAUGAGUGGCUAUAAACUCGUCAUCGGAAUCCUGAAGAUGUGCUUGAAAAAGGGUCUGAAUCUUCAAACAAACACGCUGGUCACACGGCUAUCUCGGCAAGACGAUGGCUGGGUCGCUGAAACCAGUCGAGGAACCAUUCGUGCUCCCAAAAUCAUUAUGGCCACAAACGGGUACACCGCUGCCAUCUAUCCAAAGCUCCAGGGGGUAAUCAUGCCUCUCCGUGGCCAAAUGACUGCCCAUCGGCCCGGUACGAAUAUGCCAAAGGAUGGGUUGAAAACGACAUAUUCGUUUGUCUACAAGGGUGGCUUCGAUUUCAUGAUACCUCGACCGCAGGGCUCGAAGCAUGCCGGGGAUAUCGUCAUUGGAGGCGGCUUCAUCACUGGGAAAGAUGAAGGUCUUCAUGAGUGCGGAACCGUGGACGACACGGUAUGCGAUCCGGUAAUCAUGGACUAUCUCACCGCGACAACCGAACGCUUUUUCGGGAAAAACUGGGGCGAAGACGACCCUGCGGGUCGAAUCAGGUCUAAGUGGACAGGAAUUAUGGGGUAUAGCGCUGAUGGACACCCACUGAUCGGCGAGAUGCCAGGUGAUCCUGGUCUGUAUAUUUGCGCUUCGUUCCAAGGCCACGGCAUGGCCCUUUGCUUUCUCUGUGCUCAGGCCUUCACUUCGAUGAUAUUUGGUGAUGACGAGAAGUCGAUUUAUACCUGGCUUCCCAAAGCCUACAAAGUGACCCCCGAGCGACUCCAGCUAAAGGUAAACGGAGAGAUCAGCCAUUCAGCAACAGCACCUAGUACAGAUAUUUAA